AUGGCAUCUCGCUCUACACGUCGCAGCAACCAACCUGCGCCACCCCAACAUGGUGUUCAGCAGAUGUGCCAUUGUAGCAUGUGGCGCUAUCCCCACCACCCUCACCGGUCUGCUACUACUUCCAAUGCCCAACCCCGUCGGUCCGCGGAGUGGGAGCAUGAUCCAUCCUCACCCGACUUUCUCCCAUAUGCACCAUUAUCAUCCGACUCUGGGCCUUCGUCAUACCACUCUCGCUCUCGCUCCCAUGCAUCCUACUAUACCCCUCGCGUCGAAACUUUGCAUUAUAAUCCUAACUACUACCAUGGCCAAACUUAUUCCGAGGUAGAAUUCGAUCCCGAGAUCGACGGUCAAGACCCUGCACCGGAUUCACCUCAUUCCGAUCGCUCUCGCACAGACUCUCAUCGUUCAGAGCAACUUUACGCUGCAAACCUUGACGACGGCGCUGCAGACUACGUUCUUGAACCCCCUAUUCCUCGUGCCUUCCUCCCUUCCCGUCUUCGCGACGAUAUCUCGGGUCGAUUCUGGAACGCAGAGGGCGACUCCACGGAUGCUUCCGGGAUCUUGUAUCCUGCCCCAUUCGAAGUCAAACUCAGUAAGGAAGCCUUUUAUUAUCCAAGUGCCCAAUCGGGUCGAUUUAUGAAUCGGCGUGGAGAGUAUUGGGCAGGCGGGGAGGCGUAA